CCGAAGUAUAAACAGGGGUCAUCAGAAAUAGUGAUGACCUCUAUUUCAGAAAGAUAAAUACUGUUCAACUUGUUACUUACUGUUAACGUUUCUUCAAGUGUAGUGCUUAUAUUUUCUGACAUUUCUGGAGAUUGAAUCAACACAUCUUGUCAAUAGGCGCUGGAGACAAUGAAGAAACUAAUACUGCUACAGCUUGUUCUCGGUUUCCUGAUCUCAGAUGUAUUGUCUGUUCUGGUGACUGUUCCCAUGAGCCAGAGGAGUUCAGGUCUUUUUGUCUCUGUCACAUUGCGCUGUGACUAUACUACAUCAUCGAACCUUCAGAAUGUGUUGGUUACCUGGGUCUACAAGUCCUUCUGUAAAGACCCUGUUCUGGACUAUUAUUCAACAGCCUAUCAGGCUGCUCUCCAGCUGGGACAGGACCCAAGCAAUAACUGUCCAGACAGCCAGCGGACCAUCCGUACCGUGGCUCAGAAACAAGGUUCCAACACAGCCACGCUAGGUCCUGAGUACAAAAACCGCAUAAUCUCCAUCCAGAACCAGGCUGAUCUAGUGAUCGGUGAGGUGAUGUGGUGGGACAAUGGUGUAUACGUAUGCUCUGUUGAUGCGCCUGGAGAUACAACCGGAUAUCCUAAUGCAGAGGUUAAACUCAUCGUCUACAACUGGCUGACAGUACUCUUCAUGAUCAUUGGGGCGCUGCUUCUCAUCAUCCUGUUCGCUGUCUGCUGCUGCCAGUGUUGUCCACAGCGGUGCUGUUGCUACGUCCGCUGCCCCUGCUGCCCGAAAACCUGCUGCUGCCCUGAAAAGGUUGUCAUGCAAUACCGGAUGAUGAAGGAGGCUCAGAAAGCCAUGAGCUCAUGGACGGGCGGCCAGCCCAUAUAUGCCCCGCUCAGUUCUCACAGCUCUGCUUACCCGAUGGAGCCUGUGAUGUAUGCAGGUUCAGCAGGGAAGAUCCCCAUGUCCCCAGUUCCCCCCCUGCCCCUCCCUCCUCCUCAGGGUGGCCUUGUCCAUGUCGCCAUGCCACCGCCAAGCAUCCAUGGCAUGCCGCCUAGCAUCCAUGGAAACGGUAGCUCUCACGGCACCAAUCAGAUGUUAGACUACCUGGAGAACCAGAUGCGCGGCCUGGACGUGAACAGCCCGCUCAUACAAUCGCAGCCGCCCAUGCAGCACAUGCCCCCGCCCCCCCAGCAUAUACCCCAGAAUGUACCCUUCAGUGCUGGCCCCCCUAGCAUGCUCUCUGGCCUGGAUGACGGACCGGCCUCCCGCCGCCCCCCGCCUAGCUCUCGUGGUGGACGGCCCCCGACUCACUCCAGCAGCUCCUCUAGCUAUGGACACCCGCGCCGUGAUAACCGCCGCUACCCACCACCAUCCAGGCACAACAUGAGACGUAGCUACAGCCAGGAGGACAUGCUUGACACCCGGAGCAGGGCCAGUGCGCCAGGGUAUCGCCCUCGCUCCCACUCCAGGGACGACCUGUUCAGGGACACCCGAGACGUCCCCUCCCGGCGGGAACACGAAUACUGGGCUUCAGCUAGUGAUGACGACAGCAGCAGCAGGAGGGGAGGGCGCCGUGGAGCACGGGGCGGAGCAUGGACCGACCACCCCCCCAGCUACACUGAGUAUGAGCCGGGACUGAAGCCGACAAAGCGCCCCGACCGCUUCUCUGACAAGAGCUCACGCAGUGGUAACAGCAUAGUAAUCUGAAGCUUUUCUCCCUUCUACCACUUAUCCAGGAGCUACCAUUAGACCGUCACCAACGACUGUGCUGAACAAUGAACUGAAUGUGAUUUUAGUAAGAGCUUUGCGGCAGUGCUCGACUGAGCCGGGUCUUUUAGGUUUGGGUUGGAACCAAAUUCGGUAAGUCUGUAGAUCUCCAGGAGUAGGCUUGCACAUCCCUCACCAGUUAUGACCCAAAUGUCCUCUUUUUUUGUUGUUUUUGUUUUAAUUUGCUCAGCCACUUUAUUUUAGGUUAAUGAAAGAGCCACUGUUGUUGCUGUUGUUGUUAUUAUUACAAAAUUAAUUUUGCUGAUGGUUUGCCUCCCCCCUUACUCUGUUUAAUUUUAAGAUCUAUAUAAUAUUAAUUGGCCAGUGCAUAAGCCUACAUUCAGGAAGUAAUUUUGACUCUUAAGGAGCAUAUUUUAAUUUUUUCUUUUUACUUUUAUGAUGUACAAUGUGUUUAACUGAGAAUUUGUAAGUAUGCUAGCCUAUAAAAAGUAUGGAGCCCUCUGGAAUGAUUGGUACCAUUUGGUAAAGUUGGAAUGAUAGUGGAAAAAUAACUUUUGUUCUCAAGCUUGAUUUAUGUUUUUUUUUUUUCAGUUAGAUAAAUUGGGAAAUUUUAUGACUUAUAAAAACUUUAUAUAAAGAUGUCAAACUUAUUGGCACCUCUGUGUUAGUACUUUGUACACCAAGCCUCCACAAACUCCAAGCUUUCUUAAUGCUGAAUGAAGUUGGAGAACGUGUAUAAAAAUGGACCUUUUUGGAAGGUCUUCUGAGCUCCUUCAAAGUCCUUCAGAGGUUCUCAACUGUGAACUCACUAAUUUAUAUUGGGGUUUAGGUCAGGUGACAGGAGU